UGGAGUCCAAGCAAGCUUGCGCAUGAGGCAAAGACUUCUUGAUGGACUGACCUCUGAGAUUUGUUAUUUUAGGAAGACGGAAAAAUACGUGUUCUUUAGGAGCAGAGAAGGGGAGAGGUAACCGGGGAGGGAGAAAGAACUCUUUAAAAGAAACGAAGUCGUGUGUAGUGUGUUCCUGUUUGGUCGGCAAGUGGAUAUACGACUUGCCCUUGGCAAACCUUCGUGCCACUUCCUAGCUUUGGUACCUCGACUCUGGCCAGCAAAGGGGCUUUUUCCAGGCUCCAUGGCACCCAGGGGUGCCCUGGCCGGCAGAGUUGUCCGAGAGAACCUGCAAUACUUGGGAAUACAGGGCCAGAAAGGGUCUGGUUUUGAGCAGUGAGGAAAGAAUGCUUUUUUCCUGAACUUAGGAUUGCUGUCUGCAUGAAUUCUGGUCUGUUUUGCACAGUUUGUGUGCCUUUUUUUCCCUUUAUGCAAUCUUUUUCAGCUUUAGCAGCAGAAAUUUGUCCAGUCCAGAAAACAUGCCAGAGGCUGGCUUCAGAAGGAAGUUGAUGAGCCCAUGCGCUCUGUCUCUGCUUCCAAACUUUGGAACAGAGAAUUCCAGCUAGAGGGAUUCUUAAAGCCUUAAGUUACUUGAAAUCUAUGUAUUUGCAACCUGUUGUCUCUGGAAUCAUAUACUAAACUGGAAUCUCAGGCUGAGUGAGAAUAACCCAAGUUGAGUAAAAAGAGGAAAACUGUUCCUUGAUCACCAGUGACUGAUGAUGCUGUUUCUCCAAAGGAUCAGUGUGUUCUUCCCUUAAGGACUUGAACCUAAAAACGGACCACACUUUUUUUAAGCAUUACCUUUUCUUAGCAGACUGCCAUCAUCUUUUAUAGAGGAAUUUUUUCACUAUGCAUUUGGUGGAUCUUUAUAAAAUGCUAACCUUGUAACUAGAUCCAGGUCAGUGUCAAGUAAAGGGGACAAAGGCAGCGGAAGCCAGGCACACAAGUAAAAGUCAACAAGCCCAUGAAAGACAUUGGUUUGAAUUCUCCAGCAUUAAGCAUUAUUUUAAAACUAAAACAGUACAUUGGGCAAAAGUAUGUAUGCAGCGGUGGAACAUGGGCCUGUGCUCUGCAGCGACUCCAACAUCCUCUGCCUGUCCUGGAAGGGACGCGUCCCCAAGAGCGAGAAGGAGAAGCCGGUAUGCAGGAGGCGCUACUAUGAGGAGGGCUGGCUGGCCACUGGCAACGGGCGGGGCGUGGUAGGCGUGACCUUCACCUCCAGCCACUGCCGCAGGGACCGGAGUACGCCACAGAGGAUAAACUUCAACCUGCGGGGCCACAACAGUGAGGUUGUACUGGUGAGAUGGAACGAGCCAUACCAGAAACUGGCCACGUGCGACGCAGACGGAGGAAUAUUUGUGUGGAUUCAGUACGAAGGCAGGUGGUCCGUGGAACUGGUCAACGACCGAGGGGCUCAGGUGAGUGAUUUCACAUGGAGCCAUGAUGGGACUCAGGCGCUGAUAUCAUAUCGUGAUGGCUUUGUUCUGGUCGGUUCUGUCAGUGGACAAAGACACUGGUCAUCUGAGAUCAACUUGGAAAGUCAGAUUACUUGUGGCAUAUGGACUCCUGAUGACCAACAGGUGCUGUUUGGCACGGCUGACGGGCAGGUGAUCGUCAUGGACUGCCAUGGCAGGAUGCUGGCCCAUGUCCUCCUGCACGAAUCAGAUGGCAUCCUCAGCAUGUCCUGGAACUACCCCAUCUUCCUGGUGGAAGACAGCAGCGAGAGCGACACAGACUCAGACGACUACUCCCCACCCCAAGAUGGCCCCGCAGCAUACCCCAUCCCAGUACAGAACAUCAAACCUCUGCUUACUGUCAGCUUCAGCUCGGGGGACAUCAGCUUGAUGAACAACUACGAUGACUUGUCUCCUACUGUCAUCCGCUCAGGGCUGAAAGAGGUGGUGGCCCAGUGGUGCACACAGGGAGACUUGCUGGCAGUCGCUGGGAUGGAGCGGCAGCCCCAGCUUGGCGAGCUCCCCAAUGGGCCGCUUCUGAAGAGUGCCAUGGUCAAGUUCUACAAUGUACGUGGGGAGCACAUCUUCACACUGGACACGCUUGUGCAGCGCCCCAUCAUUUCCAUCUGCUGGGGCCACCGAGACUCCCGGUUGCUGAUGGCUUCCGGCCCAGCCCUGUACGUGGUCCGUGUGGAGCACCGGGUGUCCAGCCUUCAGCUGCUGUGCCAGCAGGCCAUUGCCAGUGCCCUCCGGGAGGACAAGGACGCCAGCAAGCUGACCCUGCCCCCUCGCCUUUGCUCCUACCUCUCCACGGCCUUCAUCCCCACUAUCAAGCCCCCAAUUCCAGACCCCAACAAUAUGCGAGACUUUGUCAGCUACCCCUCCGCUGGCAACGAGCGGCUGCACUGCACCAUGAAGCGCACGGAGGACGACCCAGAAGUGGGCGGUCCGUGUUACACACUCUACCUGGAGUACCUGGGCGGGCUCGUGCCCAUCCUCAAGGGGCGCCGUGUCAGCAAGCUGCGGCCCGAGUUCGUCAUCAUGGACCCACGCACAGACACGAAGUCAGAUGAAAUCUAUGGAAACAGCUUGAUUUCUACUGUGAUCGACAGCUGCAACUGCUCAGACUCCAGUGACAUCGAACUGAGCGAUGACUGGGCUGCCAAGAAGUCGCCCAAAAUCUCCAGGGCUAGCAAGUCACCCAAACUCCCAAGGAUCAGCAUUGAGGCCCGGAAAUCUCCCAAGCUGCCCCGGGCUGCCCAGGAGAUCUCGCGGUCUCCACGGUUGCCCAUGCGCAAGCCGUCCAUCGGCUCACCCAGCCUGACACGGAGAGAGUUUCCUUUUGAAGACAUAACUCAGCACAACUACCUUGCUCAGGUCACGUCCAACAUCUGGGGAACCAAAUUUAAGAUUGUGGGCUUGGCUGCUUUCCUGCCAACCAACCUCGGUGCAGUAAUCUAUAAAACCAGCCUGCUGCAUCUCCAGCCACGGCAGAUGACCAUUUAUCUCCCAGAAGUCCGGAAGAUUUCCAUGGACUAUAUUAAUUUACCUGUCUUCAACCCAAAUGUUUUCAGUGAGGAUGAAGAUGAUUUACCAGUGACAGGAGCGUCUGGUGUCCCCGAGAACAACCCGCCUUGUACCGUGAACAUCCCUAUAGCACCGAUCCACAGCUCAGCUCAAGCUAUGUCACCUACCCAGAGCAUAGGUCUGGUGCAGUCCCUGCUGGCCAAUCAGAAUGUGCAGCUGGAUGUCCUGACCAAUCAGACAACGGCUGUGGGAGCAGCAGACCAUGCAGGUGACAAUGCCAGCCAGUAUCCCAUCUCCAACCGGUAUUCCAGCCCUGGACAGGUGAUUUUUGGAGGUGUAGAGAUGGGCCGUAUUGUUCAGAACCCCCCUCAGUUGUCCCUGCCGCCACCGCCACAGGGGGCACUGCAGUUAUCAGUGGUGGACCACGGAGAGCGAGACCAGGAGCACCUGCAGAAGCCAGCUAAGUCCCUGCGGCCAGUGCCCCAGCUGGCUGCCGAGGGGGAUGCCGUGGUCUUCAGUGCCCCGCAGGAGAUCCAGGUGGCAAAGAUGAACCCUCCGCCCCCAUACCCAGGAACCAUCCCCGCUGCUCCCACUACUGCGGCACCCCCACCCCCUCUGCCACCACCUCAGCCUCCCGUGGACAUGUGCUUGAAGAAAGGUGAUUUCUCCCUGUACCCCACAUCUGUGCAUUACCAGACCCCAUUGGGCUACGAGAGGAUCACCACCUUUGACAGCAGCGGCAACGUGGAGGAGGUAUGUCGGCCUCGCACGCGGAUGCUCUGCUCCCAGAACACCUACACCCUCCCAGGCCCGGGCAGCUCGGCAACCUUGAGGCUCACGGCCACCGAGAAGAAGGUCCCCCAGCCCUGCACCAGUGCCACCCUCAACCGCCUCACCAUCCCGCGUUACUCCAUCCCCACGGGGGACCCACCUCCAUACCCCGAGAUUGCCAGCCAGCUGGCCCAAGGGCGAAGUGCUGUCCAGAGGCUGGAUGGCAGCCUCAUCCAUGCCACCCUGCGGAGGAACAACCGUGAGGCCACACUCAAGAUGGCCCAGGUGGCCGACAGCCCUCGAGCUCCCCUGCAGCCACCGCCAGCCAAGCCCAAGGGCGGCCCUGCCGGGGCACAGCUCCCUGCACGCCCCCCACCUGCCCUGUACACCUGCAGCCAGUGCAGCCCGCAGCCGGGUGCCGUGCUGGCGCACACAGUCAGCACCUCCCCACUGGCCUCCCAGUCCUCUUACAGUCUCCUGAGCCCCCCGGACAGCUCCCGUGACCGCACCGACUACGUCAACUCGGCCUUCACAGAGGAUGAGGCCCUGUCCCAGCACUGUCAGCCUGAGAAGCCACUGAGGCACCCCCCGCUGCCCGAAGCUGCUGUCCCUGUGAAGCGGCCACCCCCUUACCAGUGGGACCCUGUGCUGGGUGAGGACAUUUGGGUACCUCAGGAAAGGACAGCACACACUGCAGCACCCAACCCUUUAAAACUGCCCCCUCUGAUGCUUGGUCAGGGCCAGCACCUGGAAGUAUCCCGAGUACCCUUCGUCUCCCCCAAGUCUCCAGCCAGCCCUACUGCCACUUUCCAGACAGGCUAUGGGAUGGGAGUACCGUACCCAGGAAGCUACAACAACCCUCCUUUGCCCGGAGUGCCAGCUCCCUGUGCCCCCAAAGACGCCCUGGCACCAGCCCAGUUUGCACAACCAGAGUCUGCUGUGGUCCUUCAGCCCACGUAUCCGCCUGGCCUCUCCCCGUAUUGCACCUUGCCCCCCAUGUACCCCGGAGGCAGCACGUGCUCCAGUUUACAGCUGCCAGCUAUCGCCUUGCACCCCUGGAGUUCCUAUAGCACCUGCCCCCCCAUGCAGAACCCCCAGGGUACUCUCCCUCCAAAGCCCCACCUGGUGGUGGAGAAGCCCCUUGUGUCCCCACCACCCACUGACCUCCAAAGCCACAUGGGCACAGAGGUGAUGGUGGAGACAGCAGACAACUUCCAGGAAGUCCUCUCCCUGACGGAAAGCCCCGUCCCCCAGCGGACAGAAAAGUUUGGCAAGAAGAACCGUAAGCGCCUGGACAGCCGAGCAGAGGAGGGAAGCGUCCAGGCCAUCACUGAGGGCAAAGUGAAGAAGGAGGCCAGGGCUCUGGGUGACUUCAACUCCCUCAUUUCCAGCCCCCGCCUCGGGAGGGAGAAGAAGAAAGUCAAGAGUCAGAAAGACCAGCUGAAGUCAAAGAAGUUGAAUAAGACAAACGAGUUCCAGGACAGCUCCGAGAGCGAACCUGAGCUGUUCAUCAGUGGGGACGAGCUGAUGAACCAGAGCCAGGGCGGCCGGAAGGGCUGGAAGAGCAAGAGGAACCUGCGCACAGCCAGCGAGCUGGAGGAGGCCAAGUGCCGCAAGGCCAGCGAGAAGGAGGACGGGCGACUGGGCAGCCAGGGCUUCGUGUACGUGAUGGCCAACAAGCAGCCCCUGUGGAAUGAGGCCACACAGGUCUACCAGCUGGACUUCGGAGGACGGGUGACCCAGGAGUCUGCCAAGAACUUCCAGAUUGAGUUGGAGGGACGGCAGGUGAUGCAGUUUGGUCGGAUUGAUGGCAACGCCUACAUCCUGGACUUCCAGUACCCCUUCUCAGCUGUGCAGGCCUUCGCCGUAGCCCUGGCCAAUGUGACUCAGCGGCUCAAGUGAAGAGGUUGGCGUGGGCCCCUGAGAAGGAGCCUGCAUGGCCCGGCAGUGGGGCACCAGGAGACCUCGGCACCACUGGGAUUGGUCCUGGCUGAGACAGGGCCUGACCUGCAGUCACUGUCAUUCGUUUGGGCUUUGGCUCUCGUUCACUGCGUUCCUUUCUUUUUGUUGGGAGGGUGGCGUGGGAAGGUGCAGGGUGCUGGUGCUCCUUCAUUCCUUCAGGAGGUGGAUGGGGCUGGUGGAGUUUGGCUGGCCUGGGGCCCUCGGGGUGAAGACGGACUGCCUUCUCGCCUGCUGUUCUAGACACAGGGAGGAUGCAUUCCUGCUCACCCUCCACGAUGUCUAGCUUUGUCACUCCUGCAGUAUCACCACUAGUGGACACAAAAAUCUUAAAAAAAAAAAAGAAAAAGG